AUGGAGGUUGAAUCUUGGCUAGGGUGCUCCUCUCUCAAAUACCUUAAACUCAAGGAAUCAAACAUUUUAGGGUGGGAGAGUGUCAGGAGGGUUCUUCUCAAAUCUAGAAUGUUUUGGAAUGGAGUGGUCAACCUACCUCCCAAAGGUGCCAAUGUUGAGGCCCUAGAGUUCUCUGGUGCUGCAGCCGGCGAAGGGUCAUGGUGCGAGCUCGCCAGUGGUGGUCGCUACGAGCGUGGCAACGAUGGCUUUUUUUGCUUGAAACGUGACCACGACGAGCUACAACAGUGGUCAUGGCGAGCUAUAACCGCACGCCUCAAAUGCUGCAACGACGAACACAACGAGUUGGAACCGGGACCACAGGGGAGUCGUCGGGAUGCCGUAGGGCGAGAGGGUUCUACGACGCUGGUGCUGCCGAGGCCGUCAACACCGAUGAACGUGGCCGUCGUGCCUCGCAAGGGAUGCACCUUGGAGGAGAAGCAUAAGACCCGCCUCGCCAUCUCCCUCCUCAAGUCCUCCCCGCCGCCGCCCCCCGACCAGAUCCUCUCCAUCUGCCGCGCCGCCGCACUCUCCCCGAAGACCCACCUCGACCGUGUUGCUCUCUCCCUCGCCACCUCGAGGCUCUCCACCGCCCCGGACUCCCUCCGAGACCUCACGUCCUCUCUUCUCAUCCCCCACCACGCCCACCACGCCAUCGUGCUCUUUGGCCAGGCCGGCCUCCUCCCCGACGCCAUCUCCACCUUCCAGUCAUCCCCCUCCACCCGCUCCCUCAACGCCCUCCUCUUCGCCUGCAUCGUCGCCGGCAACCACACCGAGGCCGCUCGCAUCUUCCAGACCUUCCCGGACGCCCACCGCGUCAAGCCCAACGCCGAGACAUUCAACUCCAUUAUAAAAUCCUUCUCCGAGUCCGGCACCACAAGGUCCUUCUACUCGGUGUUCGAUGAAAUGUGCAAGCAGGGCGUGAAGCCCACUGCCACCACAUUUACUGCCGCGAUUGCUGGGUUUUACAAGGAGGAGCGCUUUGAUGAUGUAGAGAAGGUGAUUAAGCUCAUGAAGAAGCACGGUUGUGGCGAGUCACUGCAAGUGUACAAUGCAAGGGUCCAGGGGCUGUGCAAGCUUGGCCGGAAUGGUGAUGCCAAGGCAUUACUGAGUGAGAUGGCCAAGAAAGGGACGAAGCCAAACUGGGUUACUUAUAACCAUUUGAUUUAUGGAUUCUGUAAGGAAGGGGAUUUGGAGGAAGCGAAGCGGCUGUACAAGGAGAUGGGAAAGAAGGGGCUUGUUGGGGAUAGUGGCUUCUAUUUUACUGUCAUUUUUCACCUUUGCAAGGCUGGCGAUUUUGAUACUGCCCUUGGUGUAUACAAUGAGAUAAUACCUAGGAACUGGGUACCCUGCUUCUCGACCAUGAAGAUGCUUGUGAAUGGGCUUGCUGGGAGCUCGCGAAUCGAUGAGGCAAAGGGGAUCAUUGAGAAGAUGAAGGAGAAAUUCCCGGACAGGGAUGAAGGGUGGAAAGAGGUAGAGGCGGCAUUGCCUCAAUAG